AUGGAUGUGGCCGAUGACCUGAACCUCUCCUUUCUGCUGGAGCACGAGCGAGAUAGCAUCCUGAAAGUGCUGCAGAAGGACGAGAAGCUGAGGAAGCGAGAGGAGAAGAGGAUACGGAAGUUGAAAAAUGAGCUGCUGGAGAUCAAACGCAAAGGCUCCCGGCCACCGCGGGAGUCGGCUGAGCGCCAGUGCGCCCGCUGCAUCAAGACGCUGGGCCUAAUCUUCGACCGCGGCGAGCUAUGUGACGAGUGCCAGCUGCGUGUGUGCAGCGAGUGCCGCGUCUCCGCUCCAAAGCGGCGUCAGUGGAGGUGUAACAUGAGACACCGUGUCCAUCCCUCAUGUCUAUUAUCCCAAGUCACAGAGGAUAAAAAGUCCCCGGAGUACUCAACACUCCGUCCUGAGGGGGCGAGGGGCGAUACGCCAAAAUCCAGCAGGAGUUCCAAACAUCUUGUUGAUGGACUGAGAAAGAAAGGGAGGAUGAAAAUGGAUAAAGUGAACGGCAGGACCUUGAGGUCGGAGAACGGCAUCGGUGGCCUCAAAUCGGCUUCAGAUGGAGACGCUCAGAGCGUGCGAAGCGUUUGCUCCGCUCCAAGUUAUCCAUCAAACAGCGACUUCUCCGGGAAGCCGACAGUGCUCAACAAUCGACGAUCUAAAACUCCCGACAGAUACUCCACUGCCAGCAGCAACCGGAGGCCGGACGGAGCAGAAAGUGUUUCCAGCUUCCACUCCAGCGGCAGCGUGCCUGAGAAGAAAGCGACAGGAAAUGAUGGGGGAGGCUACGGCGCUCCGACUAUUUCCGUGUCCCAGGCUUCCGUGUCAUCGGAUCACAGUCGCUCUGAGAUGGACCUAUCGGCUGCAGGAUCAGAACUCAGUGACGACACCUUCAGCCUCAGAAGCCGCUCUGUGCCAGGUCUCAAUGAGACGGAGUUCUCCGACCAGGACGGCGAGGAAGACAUCGACGCCCUGAUGUCGGCCCACAGUCAGACGGCGGGACGCCACCUCAGCAACGCCGUGUCCACGUCUUCCACUCCUGCCUCAGAGAGGAGGUGGGCCUUCCUCAAUGUCCCCGACUCAGACGCUGAGACAAGUAGCAUCAGCAGUAUGAUGAGCAUGUACAGCGAGACGGGUGACUAUGGCAACGCCCGAGUCAGUGGCGAGAUCCUGUUGAACAUCAGCUACAGCUACAAGACGGGCGCUCUCAACGUGCUGGUCAAAGAGUGCCACAACCUGGCCACAGGGGACGAGAGGAGGCAACGCACUGACGCUUACGUGAAGACGUACCUGCUGCCGGACAUGUCGCGCCAAAGCAAGAGGAAGACCAGCAUCAAGGCCAACAGCAUCAAUCCUGUUUUUAAUGAGAACCUAAGGUAUGUGAUCAGCCACUCGCAGCUGGAAACGCGUACAUUGCAAGUGUCUGUGUGGCACCAUGACCGCUUCGGACACAACAGCUUCUUGGGAGAAGUAGAGCUGACUUUUGACUCCUGGCAGUUCGAUUCCCAAAUUGAUGAGUGGUUCGGUCUGCAGCCCAAGCUGGAGAGCAGCGUAGACGCCGCCAUGCAGUACAAGGGAGAACUGACUGUGGUUUUGAAGUACAUUCCUGCAGAGAAGAACCUCAUGCUGCCUCUAGACCAAGUACAAGUGAAAAAGGGCUUCCUGAAGGGCAAGAAGAAGAGCACCUUCACACCACCCAAAGGGGGCAUGGUUGAGCUUCUUGUCAAGGGGGCCAAAAAUUUAACCGCUGUCAAGUCUGGAGGAACGUCUGAUCCUUUUGUCAAAGGUUACCUGCUCCCGGACAGCCAGAAGUCCACUAAGCACAAGACGGCGGUGGAGCGUCGUACGGUCAACCCGCAUUGGAAUCACACUUUCACCUACUGCGGUUUGCAGCCAGGAGACCUCAACAAUGUGUGCCUGGAGCUCACCGUGUGGGACAAGGAGGCCCUGGCCAGCAAUGUCUUCCUGGGCGGAGUCAGGCUGGGGGCCGGUACAGGCACAAGUUACGGGAACCAAGUGGACUGGAUGGACUCAUACGGGGAGGAGCAGCGGCUGUGGCAGCGCAUGAUUGAAAAUCCAGAAGUCCCCCAGGAGUGUACUCUCAUGCUGAGGUCCAGCAUGCGCAAGUGCACCACGUGCACCGUAUGAGCCCGAAUGGAUUACAAGCAUAAGACAUGUUUCCACCAGGUAGUACAGCAUAGCUUGGAAACCCAUCUGGCUUGUAUUUGGACCGUGUUGUACAACUCGAUUUUGUCUCGGAAUCAAACUUGAGAUGUCGCAACACACAACCCGCGGAAGGCGGGAUACUGCCGCAUCCGUGUGCCCUUUUUCACAUCGACACCGCAUCUUCCGAUUGGAUGAGAAAGUUGCAAAAAAUUGGUCUUAAAAAUAAGAAGAACAAACAAAAAGUAAUGCAAA